UGCAUGACGGGGCGCAGAUCACGUGAUCUACAUGGUUACCGGCGGCAAAGGCCGAGUGACACAAAAUGGCGGCGGGCAGGACCAGGGUGGCGUUGAAGACGGUGAAAGAUGUCAGCGUACAGUUUUGUCCUUUCCAAUCCAAUGUCCGAAGCGCCAGAGAAUUUCUUGCGGCAAUAGGAACCAAAAAGGCUCGUCAAACAAACUCCAACUGUCGGAUUGUAGCUGAUGUAAAGCAUGAUGAGACAGAGCCUGUAAUAUCUAUAAAAUUCAAUGAUGGAGAAAGCUUGAUAAUGAAGGCAGCAAACUUGACAACUAAAGAGAUGCUAUCAUUUUUCAAUGAGAUAUGUGUGGCCAAGGACCCUCGGGCGCAAGAAACUGGAUCCAAAAAAAGCUGAUUUAUGUUACAAUGAACAUUCCUGCUAACGUGUUCACUGACAAUUCUAACCUGGGGAAGUGCUGAAUGACGACUGACUUGUUUAAUUAGAUGUAUUGAUUACCUACAAUGUACAGAACAGUCUAGUAUUAUGAAACUCUCAGUUCAUCAUUCAACAUACUUCUGAGUCAUGAUUUUAGAAUCUAUGUCCUCCAGAGCUGAGUUCAAUAAAAUCUGGAUUAAUGAAGAAACUGUCGUCAUUGUAACUUAGCAACUGCUAUCAGAACACCCAGUUGUGAACACUGACAUAUCACUAUAUUACUCCUAAUUUGGGCACAAAAUGCUGGAGUAACUCAGCGGGACAGGCAGCAUCUCUGAAGAGAAGGAAUGGGUGACAUUUCGGGUCGAGAUCCUUCUUCAGACUGAUGUCGGGGAGUGGGCAGGACAGAGAUAGAAGGUAGUCAGAGACAGUAAGACUGGUGGGAGAACUGGGAACGGGGAGGGGAUGGAGAGAGAGGGAAAGCAAGGGCUAUUUGGUGAGAGAAGUCAAUUUUCAUACCGCUAGGGUGCAAGCUACCCAAGCGAAAUAUGAGGUGCUGUUCCUCCAAUUUGCACUGGGCCUCACUCUGACAAUGGAGGAGGCCCAGGACAGAAAUGUCAGAUUGGGAAUGGGAGACUGAGUUAAAAUGCUGAGCAACCGGGAGAUCAGGUAGGUUAAGGCGGACUGCGCGAGGUGUUCAGCGAAAUGAUCGCCGAGCCUGUGCUUGGUCUCGCCGAUGUUCUAUCUCUGUCCCACCCACUCCCCUGACAUCAGUCUGAAGAAGGGUCUCGAUCCGAAACCUCACCCAUUCCUUCUCUAUAUAGAUGCUGCCUGUCCCGCCUAGUUACUCCAGCAUUUUGUGUCUAUCUUCGAUUUAAACCAGCAUCUGCAGUUCUUUCCUACACAUUACUCUUAAUGUACUUCUAUUGCAAUAAAAAUUUUAACCAGGUG